CCCCGCGCCCGCCUGCUCGCCCGCCCUGCGGUCCGGUCCCUGUGCCCUCCGCUCCCAUCGCCCGCGCGGAACCAGCUCCCUGAGCUGCCCGGGCGGCGGGCGAGGGGCAAGCGGGCUUCUGCGAGCCCGAGGAGGCGCAGGCCUUCCCCGGGCCCCGCAGGUCUGUGUGUCUGUCCCCAGCAUUCUGCAAGGCUAGAAAAGGAGGAAGAACCUGUCCAGAAUUCCUGCAGGACAAGGAAAAGAAGGGAAAAUCUCAACAUGGAAAAAAAACUCUACAAUGAAAAUGAAGGAAAGCUGGAAAUCGAGGGAACGCCAGAAGAUGAAGUAGAGCCUGAAGAUGAAGGAAAAUCAGAGGAGGAAGAAAAGCUGGAAAUGGAGGGGAAGCCAGGGCAUGAGGGAAAGCUCCAGAAUAAGGGACAGCCAGAGGAUGAGGGACAACCAGAAGAUGAGGGAAAGCAAGAAAAGCAGGGCAAGUCCGAAAAUGAGGGAAAACCACACGGUGAGGGCAAGCCAGAAUCCCUGGCAAAGCCUGAGGGUGAGCCACGGGCUGCCGAAAAGCGCCCGGCUGAAGAUUACGUGCCCAGGAAAGCAAAAAGAAAAACAGACAGGGGGACGGACGAUUCCCCCAAGGACUAUCAGGAGGACUUACAGGAAAGGCACUUGGGCAGCGAGGAGAUGAUGAGAGAAUGUGGAGAUAUGUCAAGGGCUCAGGAGGAGCUAAGGAAAAAACAGAAAAUGGGUGGUUUUCAUUGGAUGCAAAGAGAUGUUCAGGAUCCGUUUGCCCCAAGGGGGCAACGGGGUGUCAGGGGGGUGAGGGGUGGAGGUAGGGGCCAAAGAGGUUUACAUGAUAUCCCAUAUCUUUAAUGCCUUUGGCCUUCAAUUUUAACUUCUCUAAUGAGAAAAUUGCUGACCCUGCUUUCCCUGGCAGGCAUUUGCCAGGCUAUGUGCUUUAACCUUAAGCUGAUAUUUUGCUUUAGGUGUCACUCUUGUUACCAGCAGCCUUUUGAUCCAACUACAGUGUUCUCUGUCUUUCAGUAGGGGAUUUUCACCCUUGUGCAUGGAAGAAAUGUUCAUGGUACACUGUAAAAUAACAAUAAAGAAAAAACAGUUUUCAGAACCACA